AUGAAGAAGGCAAAGACGACGAACAGAGUGGGCGGCCGACGCGGACAGACGCGACCGUCCAGGAAGCCGGGAAGGACAGGUCGAGGCAACAGGACGCAGAGAGAUGAACCGAUGGAGAGAAAGCGGUCUGAAAUCGCGUCGACUUCUCCACCAACGCAGAAGGCAAGAGGCAGUCCACAGGCUUCUUCAGCAUCUGCGUGUCUCCCCCUUUUUCCUUGUUCUAGCUACUUUCGCGUGCUUCUUCUGGGCGUCUUUGACCGGCCGGUAGUUGAUUUGCCUCCGCUCUUCGGAGCCCUUCACGACUCCUUGGGCGUUGCCUCAGAGACAGAGAGGGGAGAGAAAACGACAGAGAGUGGAAUGAAAGAGCGAAACGAAGACGCGCAAACGGCAGGUGAAGAGUGUGUGCGAGGGGACGAGACACGAAGCGUGGAAGAGCCAGGCGCAGGAUGGGAGGCAGAGACGAAGAAGCAACGCAGAGCAGCUCCUCUCUUCACUGACGCUGACGGCGAUCUCGUGCUCGUCCGGAGACCCGUCGCUCGGUUGAGGGAGAGGAACGCAAUGCAGGAGAAGGCGAAGAAAGCCAGGAGUUUCUCGACUGCAUCUGGGAAGAAGAAGGCUGAGAAGAUCGACGAGAGACUCGCCGGCGCUGACACAGAAGGCGCCAAGCUGCGAAGCCUGUCUCCGUCCCCGAGACAGACCCAGACAGGGGGAGAAGAAGGCGAGGAGACACGCGCGAUGAGGGGACAGAGAGGCGAGAUCGAGGAGAAGGAAGAGAGAGGGGAAAGAUGCAGAGAAGCGAUAAAAGAAGCGGAGACCACACCAGCACUCGAGGGAAGCAAACACGACGGACGUCUCUUUUCAAGGUCUUCUCUCUCGUCGCCGCCAUCUGUAACAACCUCUUCUUCCCCGCCGUCUGCAUCGCUUGCGCUGGUUUCCAGUCGUCCGUCUGGGUCUCCAAGGUUCUCCUGCUCUUCCCCUCAGUUGGUGGCAAUGCCCUUCGCUGUGUGUCAGUGUGAGUCCCCCACAGCUGUCUCUCUCGUGGGGCGCCAGCUGUGGACGGGCGGCCUUCUUCUCGUGAAUUUUCUCUUGGACCUUUUGCUGUCUGGAGCUGUCUCUUCCUGCUCGUCUCUCCUGACCCUGCCUGCCUCUGACCUCCCGGCGCGUCUCUCCGGGGCGCAGACACGCAGGCGGCUCGCUACGGGAGAAGAGACCUCUCGGUCGUCUCCCCUCUCGGUUCCUGUGAGGCUUCACGCAGGCGCCUGUGUCUCCACUCUGCAGUCCAAGAACGCAGAAGCAAGGCGGCACAGUCCAUCAUCCCGGCAGGGAGCGCCUGCGAAAUGGAGACCUUCCAGAAGAGAAGAGGGGGAAGACAUCCAGCGAGACAGAGGCGAAGGAGAGAAAGAAGAUGGCGAAGAGGGGCAAGAGCGACAAGAAACAAAAGAGAGACAGGUGGCGAAAGGCGACGAUCUUGUCGAGCGUGGAAGAUCUUUGACGAUACUGGAACUCGGCUGUGGCGUCGGUUUGCUCGGGGGUGCUUUACCCUCGAUUCUUGAAGCCGUCGACCAUCUGCGGUGGGCCAGCAAACAGCGUCAGCCGUGUACUGAGGAAACAGAGAAAGCUCCAGCUUCUUCUCAUUCUCCAUCUUCGCCUGCGUCCGAGUCUCGGUCGCCUUCUUCGGGUCCCUCCUCCGGCUUUGCCUCUGCGCCGCAGCCCCUCUGUUCUCCAGUUUCUGCUGAUCCGUCGAGAAGCUGCUGCUCGCUGUGCGCUGUGAGUCCAGCACGCUGUUGCCGCGAUGCCCCGACUGGAAACGAAACGCGAGGGGAGGAAGAAAGAAGGCCUGAAAAACAGGACAGACAGAGGUGUCUUGACGCAGUGAAUCUCCUCCUGACCGACGCUGACGAAGGAGCCCUCGCUUUCGCGGCCGCCACGGUGUGUCUAAAUGGCGGGAAGCUCUCGACUGCGGCAAGUGCAAAGGCCGAGGCUUCGGACGAGGAGGAGGACGACUCAGGCAAGAGAGGGGAAGGCAGACGAGACCAGGGAGAACGCGAGCAAAAGCACGAAGAAGGCAGGGAAGACGAGGACGGCAAGAGCGGGGUAGGGGAAGCUGACGAGGAACGAGGCGUCAGGAAACCUUCUCUUUCGUUGUGGCGAUCGAGACAUGGAAUAGACAGAUAUUCAGAGGGGAGGCAGACGUCCACGUUGUCUCCGAGUUCGACCGACCGGGAGGGUGACACUCAGCAGGUGAUUGAGAAGCUGCUUUCGCGUCCAAGGUUGUGGGGCGUUCCAACGUUCUCCUUCGGGGCCUCCGAGCGAAACAGAAGACUGAAGGUCACAGUGCGCAAGCUCGUGUGGGGAUCCGGGCACAAGUCUGCAGCUUUUUCAGAAAGGCCAAAAGAGAGGCCCACAGUGACCACAAAGAGAAAAAAAGGAAAUGCGCGCUGCCCAAGUACAGAUGUGGCUGAGACGCGACAAGGGAGUCUGACUUCGUUGACGGAGUUAAAAGAAGAAGAAAUCUCUACGCAGGCCUCGAGGCGUCUGCAGGCGCGGAGGCAAACGCCGGCAGAUAACCAAGGCGAGACAGCAUCGGGCGAAGACAUGCGUGUCCAGAAGACAGAAGGGCAAUUUUCGGAAGUCGCUUUUGCGGAGAAAGGGAAUUUGCUGAUUCUGGCUGCCGAUGCUCUCUACGACUACAAGUCUUGUGACGGGUUUGCUGUUGAAGUGGCGUCUCUUUUGCGGAAGCACAGGCCAGUUCGCAAAGGGCGCAUCCUUCGUUCUUCUUCUGGAGCAUCUUGUGGUCGUUCCCCUUACCACUUAGUCGAAUCCCCUCACCUCAGUUCGCCAUCCAGAUGGUCAUAUGGGGUCAAGAGUCGCGGUGCUUUUCUGUCCUCGCGAGAACAGCCAAGUGGCGCCGAGAAAAGGGCCAGAACGCUCUCGGCAGGCGACCAGCAACCGGGGAAAACACGAGCAGAGAAAACCAACAGAUUUCAACAAGUAAGGUGUUUUCUCUGCCACACACGGCGUGUGGGCAUCUCCUGCCCUACGAGCACCGUCCCCGUUGAUGUCUUUGCAGAAUAUUUCCGCGAACGGUUUGUAAGAAAUGUAGUUAUCGCUGGCGAGGUGCGAGAGGGGGAAGUAGACGAAGGCGACGAAAAAGGUGAUGCAGCUGGCGAAAGGGAAGAGAGGGGCAGGUGCAGGAGAAAGGAGGAGGAAACAGCAUGCGAAACAAGAAGAGGAGGAGACUUCCGCGGAGACACGGAGAUGAAGAGAAGAGGAAAGCCUCCAGAAGCGGGGGGGAGCGACCGAGACGAAAUAGCGGAAGAAGAACGAGAUGCCGGUUCAGCUUCUGAUACGAGUGAAAACAGCAGAUCGAAGAUCCGAAAGCAGAGAGCCAUCACGGAUACGAAUCCCAGUAGCGAACCAGAAGAACAAAAUGUCCUUAGAAAACGCAGGGAGACGGUGAGACUCACAGACAAAUUAGCUAGGUGUAGGAGACGCGAUGGGAGCCCACAGAACCUCAUAGCCAAAGCAGAAAUAGAGCUGGGACCGCCUCCGUGGUUCGACCUGGUUCUUCAUAAGCGCCCUCCUAUUCGGAUAGUGCCUCUAACUUCCGUCCUUCUCCCUCGAGGAGACAACGUAAGCACUUGCGUGCUUCAGCCCUGUUCUCAGACGAAGCUUUGCACCGCGCCGGAGAGCUGCUGCCGCCGGUCUCUAUCACGAAAAGGGAGUAAGGGUGGGGGUCCGAAGAACGAACCAGCACAAGGGGCGGCAGAAAGGCAGAGUGGUCAGCAAACCAGAAGAAGUAAGAGAGAAAAAAGUGAAGAGGAAUCUGGAUGGAGGAUAUCUCAACACGACAAGGAAGAACACAGGAGAGGAGCGGAAAUGAGGAGCCGCACAGUCUCUACUAACCAAAAUUCUACCCAAACGGAAGGAACGUUUCAGAAAAGAAGCCACUCUUAUCUUGGCAGAAUCGCACGGAGACACCGUGAAACAGCAGUAGAUGGUACUCAGCGCGUCGAUUCGUUCGUUCCAGGUGACAUACGGACAUGCAGUGCGUCCGUCGAAACUCAACUACAUAUGACUCGGGAUGGUGACCGCAAGAAAGUAGACGGCACUGCCGGCCGGAAUGUGUCUUCUGAUCUCGGCCAGUUCCUUCACGCAAAUGAGUUGACGCUGCCCCAAAUCGACAAGACACUUUUGUCAAUGUUGCCAUGCACAUUGAAAGAGCUUCUGGACUCACAGUGGAAAAGAGUUACGCGUGUCUCUGUCAGCGUGGCGGGCACAGAGGGAUACAGGAAAGAAGAGGAUUGCUCUAACAAUGACGUCAAUCAUCGCAGCACAUCGAUGGAACACAUAGCUCAACACUCUGUGUUGGCUCGGGUCUUUGACAAGGAUGAAGAUGAAACUUCAGAAUUUUGGUUGUUUCGCGAAGAGGAGAGCUGUUUGGAGAACAGGCAUGACACCGAACACAGUAGUCAAGUGACGAGACAUGUGAAAACGUCUUUUGAUGAAAGUAGGGGCCUGUUGCAGUUCUCGCAUAUUGAUCAGAACUGUGCAGAUACCACAGGAGUGGUCUCUUCGUUUCUGGGGACGAAGGAAGACUUUGGAGGGUCACCCCGGGAUUUGUCCACCAGUUCUGUUCAAAUUGGACAGCCAAACAGGCUACAGGGAUCUGACAGCGGCAUGCCGCCAACGACAUGGAGAAGUGCUAGCUGGUUGUCUGAGGCACUGAAAAUGGCGGAAGUAUGGGAACUCCGACUGUGUGAGGAUAAGCGGUGA